AUGAUCAUUCGGUUGGUAGUUUUGAUCUCCUCGGUGUUGAUUGUUAACGCAGCGGACCCUGAACUGAAGGGUGGAAUCGAGUCCUCAUGGGGAACAUUCGCUUCGGCUUGUUUUAUUAGGACACCUGACCGCAGCUUCUGUGGUGCAGCGGUUAUCCAUCCGGAAGUGGUUCUGACACUUGCUCAAUGCGUUUUCGAUGAGCAAAACUCUUCGGUUGUCGACCCCCGUCAGGUGGAGAUCAUCGCAGGGGACAUGAAUAUCGCUGAGAAAUCUUUAGAACGGCAGCAGCGAGAUGUUUUGCAAGUUAUUGUUCACGAAAAUUACACUGUUCACAAUCACCGAAACGACCUUGCUCUGCUGCGGGUAGAACAGGCUUUCCAAUUGCCCUCGAACACGCUGCAGAUUGCCGAGAGAAGACGUCGGAUUGUACCGAUUGGUGCGGUCUGUCUACUCCCCGGUUGGAGCAUGGAACGCAGUGCAACUGCCACUUCAACAGAGUCCAACCAGAAAUAUUUGGAAGUGGAAAUCCUCGAUCGAGAUACCUGCAACCAGCCGAACAUGCAUGUCGGCUUAAUCCGAGAGGACAUGAUCUGCGGGGGAAAUCUGCUGCGUAGCAUGAAUGCUCCGUGCAGUGGAAAUCUUGGCUCUCCACUGUUCUGCGACAGUGAACUGACCGGGAUGCUCUCGUUUGGAGUGAACUGUGGAGCUGCCAAUGAUCCACCGGUUUUCAUGCAGGUGCGUUUCUUCAAUCGCUGGAUCGAGGAGCAGCUGCGGGGGAUGGGGUUAUCUGAGUGAUUGUACGUUUUACUUCUCUGAUUGUAAAAAUGCUUAAACACUUAAACAAUUGAUCAGUAACUCUUAAACCUAAGAAUUCUUUUGAUUUA